AUGCUACAUGAUCCAGAAUGUGGUCCAGAGCAUUUUGUAAAAUCUCAAAGGCUUGAUGGAAGACCGCAGCUUGGAGCAUUUAAGAAUAAACAUGGGGUAUCAUUAUCUACGUAUGGAUGGCUAGUAAAAAACGCAAUAGGCAUUAUUAUAUUAAUUCAUGGCUUAAAUUCACAUGUUAGGUUUUCCUUUUUGAGACACAACGUUGAUAUAGUGGGUACUGAUAAGGCUAUAUUAAAAGAUGGUGUGAAUUAUUAUGUUUACAAGGACAGUUGGGUAGAACGUUUCAAUAAAAGUGGAUAUUCAGUAUAUGGAAUAGACUUACAGGGGCAUGGGAAAUCUGGUGGCUGGGGACAUCUGAGGGCUAAUAUAAGGCAUUUUGAUGACAUGGUACACGAUGUGUUAGAUUAUAUUAUGAAAAUUCAAGAAAAUUUCUGUGGAAGUGAAAAAUCAAAUAACAUAUUAUGUUGUGAUGAUUUAAAAGGAAGUAAAAAAUCUAUUCCUGUUUACAUAAUUGGUCAAUCCAUGGGAGGAAAUAUUGCAUUAAGGACACUACAAUUGAUAGGAAAAAUGGGAGAAUAUAACGAAAAAAAAUUAAAUAUAAAAGGGUGUAUAUCUUUAUCUGGGAUGAUUUCUAUUGAAAGAUUAGUUGCAUCACCACGUUCAUAUAAGUAUAAAUACAUUUAUUUGCCUAUUAUAAGAUUAUUUUCUUAUUGUUUUCCAAGAUUUAGAAUUGUAAAUAACAUGCGUUAUAUAAAGUAUAAAUUUAUGAAUGAUCUUUUUAAGUACGAUAAAAUGAGGUAUAAUAAAGGAAUAACAAGUAGAUUUGCAUGUGAGUUGCUAAAAGCAAUGGGUAACUUAGAUAGAGAUAUGCAAUAUAUUCCUGAGGACAUUCCUAUUCUAUUUAUUCAUUCCAAGGAUGAUACUUUGUGUUAUUAUAGGGGUGUUGUAUCUUUUUUCAAGAGACUAAAAAAUGAUAAUAAAGAGCUGCUUAUUCUAGAAAAUAUGGAGCAUAUGCUAACUGUGGAACCGGGAAAUGAAACGGUUUUAAGUAAAAUCAUGAAUUGGCUUUCAAAAUUAACAAGCGAAAUAAAGAACGCCAAUUUAAAUAAAAAAUGA